AUGACAUUUCUUCCAGGACCAUUCCGUAACCGUCGCCAUGAGCAACGACACGGUCAGAGUGCUACCCGAUGUUUGGCACUAGUAUUUUCAGUUCUGACUAUGAUUGGAUCAGGAUUCAUCAUAGGUUUCGGUUUCCAAACCCUCGUUGAAGUAUCAUUCACUGCAUCUGUGAUAGGGAACAAUGAAAUUAUAUAUGGACCUUAUUUACUUAUUACCAUCGGAAUUUUGAGCUUUGUUAUGACUCCAAUCGGGUUUUAUUCAAUUAUCUUGAAUGAUAAGAAAGUUAUGGUAACUCAUAUGUUCGCCACAUUUGUAUUGGGUGUUAUGUGCGCGGUGACCGCGGUGUUGGGGUAUGAUCUUAACUCUCAUGUUACUAGCAAGGAAAUGGAAACAUGGAUGAAGACUUCUAUCCGAGAAGAUUACGGUAAUCCAAGUGCGCCACAUAUUUUAACAGAAUGGAAUAAAGUCCAGCAACAGGUUCUGUGUGGCUUUUUUCAAGCAACCUGGAGAUCAUCCAGAAAAAUUAUUGAAAAUCAAACUAUUUGCAUACAAGCCAGCAACCGAUGUUUGUCUGCAGACAACUCAAUAGCCAACCGAGAUGUCUGUCUUCAACAUUCCACAGAUUAUCGAUUAUCUGCUGAUGCUUACCGGUAUACCAACGGGUGCCUACAACCGAUUCGAUCCACUCUCGAGUUUUUCUCAUUCAGAAUUUUCAUUUAUUCCUCUGCAUUAUGUGUAACAUUAUUAUUAAGUACGAUUGUAUGGCUGGUUGUUCAUGAGAUAAGUAGUAGCCCAAUUCUUCCGUUUAGGUUGAUAAAAUGA